ACUGAGAUAGAGGUGUGCAGUGCGGCCUCGAUAUAAAAUCAGAAUUGAUCUCACACACUAUUGCGACUGGACUGUCAAGGAAGAUUGUGAGUCAUUGGUACUUGCAGAGGACUCAUUGAGAGGAGGAGUGCCUGCGUCGAGUGCAGUGUUCUUGCCAUGAUUUAAUUGUCUUUUGUCCCUCUCUUCAACACUCUCACUUGCACUUUGGCUUUUGAUCCCGGACUUUCAACCACACCUUUAGUUGAGCCUUCGAAGUAGUUCUUUGCAAGGUUGAAAGCAUCAUACUUUACAAUUCGGCAUCCUGCCCACUCACCCAGCUGCUCCUUUCACCACUGCCCUGUUCAAGACGCCCUUCAUCAUGGGCCAAGAUCCACAUCAAAUAGCCGAGCUUUGCAACGCGCUUGAAGCCAACAAAGGCAAAGGCCGAGGUGGUGGUGGUGGUGGUAAGAAGGGGUUUUCUUGCAAAAAGACGACCUUUGCCGUUGCAGGCUCAAACAUCACCGUCGACUCGUGGCGUUUCAACGAUUGGGAUUAUAAACGAGACGACCUUCCCACCUAUGCACGAGGGCUUUUCACCACCAAGAAAUCUGACGGCACUCCAGAAAUAGCCAUUCGUGGGUACGACAAGUUCUUCAAUGUCGACGAAGUCCCAAGCACAAAGUGGCACAACAUUGGGCAUGACACCACCGGUCCCUACGAGCUUAGCGUCAAGGAGAACGGGUGCAUCAUCUUCAUGUCUGGUCUUGAAGACGGUACACUACUAGUCUGCAGUAAGCAUUCCACUGGAGCACGUUCCGAUGUCGAAGUGAGCCAUGCCAUGACUGGGGAGAAAUGGGUCAAGAGACAUCUAGAAAGCGUGGGCAAGACCACAAGAGAUCUUGCACGCGCACUGAGAGAGAUGAACGUCACCGCUGUUGCUGAGCUUUGCGACGAUGAUUUCGAGGAACAUGUUCUCGAGUACCCUCCAGAGAUGGCGGGUCUAUACCUCCAUGGACUCAACUUCAACCUCCCCGAGUUCGCCACCUUGUCCGGUCCAGAAGUACACGAAUUCGCAGACAAGUGGGGUAUGAGAAAGGCUCAAUACGUAAUUAUUCAGACCCUGGACGAAGUCAAACAGUUCCUGGCCAAGUGCGCCGAGACAGGAUCAUGGGAGGGAAGAGAUACUGAAGGAUUUGUGGUCAGAUGCAAGCUGAGAAGUAAGACGGCGUCGCUCUCUCCAGACUGGUUUUUCAAGUACAAGUUCGAAGAACCGUAUCUGAUGUACCGCCAGUGGCGGGAGUGCACCAAGGCUGUCAUCGCUAGAAAGCCACCGAAGUUCAAGAAGCACAAGAAAAUCACGGAGGAAUAUUUACUGUACGCGAGACGUCAAUUGGCCAAGGAUCCCUCUCUCGGUCAAGCCUACAACCAGAAUCAUGGCAUCAUCAAGAUGCGGGACGGCUUUCUGGCAGAGAUUGGACAGAAAGGAUCGGACAUCAUCGCUCAAGAGAAGGAAGAAGGAGGUGGACAUGCAGAAAAUGGCCAUCAGGUCUCCAAUAUUGUGCUGGUUCCUAUCGCAACUAUCGGCUGCGGCAAGACCACGGUUGCGACUGCGCUGGUGAAGCUCUUCGACUUUGGUCACGUCCAGAACGACAACAUCGAGGGUAAGAGAGACCGACCUCAGCGAUUUGCCUACGCAGUUACCAGCGAAAUGUCAUCGCACAAGGUUGUCAUCGCAGACCGGAACAAUCACCAGAAGCGAGAGCGGCAGCAAAUCAUAGAAGAUAUCAGCAAGGUGAUCCCGGAAGCGCGCUUCGUGGCUCUGCACUAUGUCCAUGAGCCCAAAGACCGUAUGCUGGACGAGAUCCGCACAGUCACCCGUCACCGAGUGCUCGAGCGAGGGGAUAACCAUCAGACUAUCCGAGCUGGAAGUAAAAGCCAGGAUGAGAUCAUCUCAAUCAUGGAAGGUUUUCUCCAGCGAUUCCAAGGUUGCGACACCAGCUCACCGCCAGACUCUGAUUUUGACGAGGUGAUUAACUUGGAUGUCUCGGCUUCAUCAUUAGAGAACCUGGAAACAGUCAUCACCCACCUGUACAACGCAUAUCCAGGACUGCUGCCAGAUGAGAUGCCUGGAGACAAGGAGAUGCAAGAGGCGAUAAACUUUGCAAUGGGACAUGAAGUGACGACCAAGCACGACCUGUCCUUCAACAAACCUGACAAGAAGCACAAGAACCAGAACCAGAAUCAAAGCCGGAACUCGAAGACACCGCCACAGGAAAAGUCCUUUAGCCCCGACCAGCUUAUUGGUAAACUCGAAUACUUUGGUGUACCAGUCUCAGCCACUCAGAUUAACUCCAUACUUGGCUCGAUGUUUGACAAGACGGAUGCCGAGGAAGCAAAGAUGUAUCGGAUGCUGAAGCAGUCACGCCGUAUACAGGGAGAAUUCCACGUCACACUGAUACAUCGUGCUUCGGCCACGCAACAAGAUAUGUGGCAGAUGUGGCAGAUGUAUACAGAGACUUUCCGGACGGCCCUGGAGAACAAGAAGCUUACCGACAAGAGUGAGCUGACACCAAGCCUUGGUCCUGCACGCGUCAAGCUGGAGAGACUGGUCUGGGACGAUCGUAUCAUGGCAUUUGUAGUUCGACUUUACCCUGCAGAGGGUGGUCCUAUGUGGUCCAGCGCCAAUGCCAUUCCACACAUCACGAUUGGCACGUCAAGACCGGAGGUGAAGCCAGUGGAAAGCAACCAGCUUCUUGCAAGAUGGGAAACCGGCGACACGAGUGGAGGCCCGAUCCACGAUAAGGAGGUGCCUGGCGGAGUGAUCUUGGAGGGAGCAGUCAAACCGGUCUUGCAGCGCAAUGCUCUUGGGAAGUAAAGGUCAUGCGAUGUGGAGGAUGAGCGAAAGUGUAGAGGUCGUUCAGCCCAACAUCACAUGAAUGGUCUGGAGGCCCACCACGUCACAUCGUGGGAGCUGUACAAUAAGUCUAGGGCUGACAAAGGAUUCGCAAGCAAGCGUAGAGAAAAUCAUUCACAGCAUAGUGUAUGUAUACUGUUUUAGUAUCAGUCCAAGCGAGCACAGCGUCAUGUAACAGACAGCUACCAAGUAUUUCAUGGACAG